AAAAUCUGCUGGUUUACMGAGUUAGCAUCAAGCUAGCGGUGCUGCUACAGCUAAAGGUGCAUUUACAAACUCCGCCAGCAGGGGUCGCCGCACAGGCCAGCUGCCUCCUCCUCCUCUUCCUCCUGACGCACCGCCUUCAUCAUCCGGACCGGACCGCAGCCUGGAUGCUCCAGCAGUCCGUGUAGCUCAGAACCGGGUCUCCGUCCUCCCAGCCCGGUCCCGGUUCUGAUGGAUGGUUAGCCCACCGCCCUGCCCACUGCUGCGGACCCGGGGAGCCAUGGAGUCGGUCGGUGCGGGGGGCUCCGCGGGGCUCCGCGGGGCCCCGGGGCCGCAGUGAAGGCGGAGGAACCACGACCCGCCGCGGGGAACAUGGUGAAACCGUUCACCUGAGCGCCGCUCUCUAACCUCCUGAUCUCCUUCUCAUUGCCAUGGCGACCACCCUGGAGACAAUGCUGYUGCCGCCGGACCAGGAGCUGCACCCCGGGUGGCCAAACGCCUGCCUGGACCCCGGAGGCCGCUACUCGGUGGUCCCCUCUGUGGUCUGCUCCAUGUGCUGCCUCUUCGGCAUCAUCUACUGCUUCUUCGGCUACCGCUGCUUCAAGGCGGUGAUGUUCCUGACCGGGCUGAUGUUCGGCUCCGUGGUCAUCUUCAUGCUGUGCUACAAGGAGCGCGUCCUGGACACCCAGCUGAGCGUGGAGGCCUCGGUGGGCAUAGGGUUGGGCAUCGGCACGCUGUGCGGCCUGGUCACCAUGCUGGUGCGCAGCGUGGGGCUGUUUAUGGUGGGGCUGCUGUUGGGGCUGCUGGUGGGCGUGGCCACGCUGGUGGGCAUGGCGGAGCUGUCCCAGGCCCCGUCGCGCUCUGUCUGGGUGCCACUGGGCGUGCUGCUGGGCCUCGGCAUGCUGUUCGCCGUGCUGACGCUGCAGUGGCAGCGCCUCUUCACCACGCUGUCCACCGCCGUGUUCGGCGCCGCUGUCAUCACCGUGGGCYUGGACUACUUCCUGGAGCUGUUUGCGCUCCUGGUGUACAUCUACGAGCGGAUCAAGGUGGAGCCGGGGAAGCCGGUGUGCUGGAUGACCUGGCUGGUGCUGGGGGUGUGGCCGUCCCUCACCCUGCUGGGGGUCAUAGUUCAGUGGAAGGUGACCGCCGAGGGAUACUCCCACACCAAAGUGAUCAUCAGCCGCCAGCAGCGAAGGAUGCAGGUGAUGCGGAUUCGUCAGCGAGACGACCGCUACCGCAACAAGAAGAAGAAGAAGCAGCAACAUGGCUCCUCCCACCAACACCAGGCCAAGCAGCUCAACGCCGAGCCCGCCUACCGCCGCAAGCCCAACCCCAUCCGCCGCUACGACACCGACGUCCUGUCGCCGAGUUACAUCCAGAGUUUCCGGGACCGGCAGGUUCAGGCGCAGCCCUUCCCCGGCCGACUGGUAGGAGGCGCUCACGCUGUGGUGGAGAUGGGCUACGACUGCGGCUCCACGACCCCCCUCACCGGGGCCGCAGGGCCACCUCUACGGGCCUGACCUCGGACCCUUGACCUUCAUAGGACUGAUCAGGAGGAACUGACUAGAGCCACUACACUCACCACCAGAUUGACAGGCAACCUUCUGGUGUUGACCUUUGACCCAGCAGGGAUAAUCUACCCACCUUUAAACUCUUUACAAAGUCUUGACACAUGAGCUAAGCUAGCUGUGGCUAAUGAGCUAAGCUAGCCACUGGUUUUGUGACAUUACACGCAUGCAGACACUAAACACAUACACACCACAGCUCCAACCCUGAAGGAACCCACUGACCCGGUUCUGAGCUUUCUGCCUCCAUCUUCAGUCAAACAUCGACUCCAGUGGUUCCACUGUGAACCCAGCUCAGGUUCUAAUGCCAGAUCAGUCAAAGAUCUGGGUCACCGUCCAACUCUGGGUCACCGUCCAACUCUGGGUCACCGUCCAACUCUGGGUCACCAUCCAACUCUGAGUCAUCGUCCAACUUUCGAUCAUCGUUCAACUCUGGAUCAUUGUUCAACUCUGGGUCAUCGUCCAACUUGUCAACCAGUAUUGCAGAAGCAACCAGCUCCUCAACUGCUUGGGCUCAAACAAAUCCUUGAGCUUCACCAGGAAGGGACAGCUCAACACUAACUGGAAGUCUUUUUCUUUCUGUGCCAUCCAGACCACAACAACCUUCUGUGGAACGCGAAGAGACGUUUUCUCUGUAAUGGAGGGGACACCCUUCGUCUCCCUUGGUGCUGGACAGAACUCUGCUGUCCUGUCAAACUGCCUCGCCUCUCCUUGGACUGCCAGGUCAGCCAACCAAAAUGCUCAGUGGGACACUUCCCUUCGGUAGCCAUGGCAACACCAAGUCAGGUUGUGUUGUUUCCCAUAGAGAGAGCUCUGUUUACACUGGCACCUCCCAAACACGUGGAAAUUGGCUUUAAUAAUGUUUGGUCCGCGACCACAGCCAUCUCAACCAGCUAACGUCCUUCUAAAAACACGUUUAGCUUCUUAUUUCAUCAUUCAAACACCAAACUCACCUCAACAGGCGUGCAAGUAGAACGGUGUUAGCAGAAGCUAACGUCUGCAGUCUUCCUCUUCUUCGCUCUCGGUGUUUCAGCUUCUGAACUGGAUUUUCUUUGGAAUAUUUUAGAAAAGAAAUCUGUGAAUACCAAACCGCUAACGGGUUCCACUGCAGCAGCUAGCAUGGCAGCCCUAUUGAAUUUUGAAGCUACUUACUUUCUAAAUUAAAAUUGUCAGGUUGAGUUGAUUUAUGUAAACAAAACUUUUUCACAGAUGCCAAAUUUUGUUUAAUUGAACAUUUACAAAACAACCCAAGUAAAUUUAAACUUUGGAAGCCAAGUGUGCUAAAUGUUUUCAAAGUUAGCAAAAUGUUGACUCGCUACAUUAAACAUUAGUUCCCUCUGUUAGCCAAUUAGUCUAUUAGCCCAUUAGAGUAGAGGUAUCCACCUCUAGCUUCUGCUAAUAAGAAGCUAACAUAAAGCUAGCGUUAGCCUCUUUGGGUUCUGAUCCAGACUGAGGUGCCGGUGUAAACGGAUGAAUCGGACCAGCAGCCGUCUGAUUUCUCCAUCGUGUUUUUCUUUAUUUAGGAUGAUGUAACAUCUGUCUGGUAAAAUGUGAAACUUUAAUGUCUUUUUAGAGGAGAACUAUGUACAGGAAGUGAUGCAUUUAGUGUGAAGGGCUGAACUGCAUGAGAUGAACUGGUUAGCUUCCUGCUGCGAUCGGCUCCAAGAGGAAACCUGUACAGAAACACUGCACUUAUUUUAAUGUCCAACAGGAAUGAAGACAUGCUGUAUUUAUUUAUUUGGUGUUUUAUUUAUUUUGCUCAGCAGUUUAAAGUGAUCAUGUUUUUAAAGACUCUGAUCAUAAUUAAAGCAUGUGUUCCUGCUCUGUUAAAACAAUAAAAACAUUUAAAUCAUUU